UAACAACGCACAUAACGACUCAUGCUUUGCCACGUGUAAGACUCUUCACGUGUCCAACUCUCAUUAGUUCCAAUGACUUCGCACUUUCUUCCCCCAAAACCCUCUAAACUCCCUCGAAAAUUUCCUGUAAAAAUAAACACCUACUAACUCUUCUUCCUUCCCGACAGAUAAUCCUCCAUUGUUGCUCUGAAUUCAUAGUAUUUUUGGGGAAAUUAUUGAUCUUACAAAUCUGCAAUGUUGAUUAAGUUAGGGUUAAUCUUGUGCAUACUUGCAUUAAUCCCAAUCAAAUCUCAAUCGGCAGUUUUAAGCAUAGAUCUAGGUUCCGAAUGGCUAAAAGUUGCAGUUGUAAACCUAAAACCAGGUCAAAUUCCUAUUUCAAUCGCAAUCAAUGAAAUGUCGAAGCGAAAAUCCCCAAAUUUACUCUCAUUUCAAUCUGGAAUUCGAUUGAUCGGUGAAGAAUCCGCUGGUUUAAUCGCUAGGUAUCCUGAUAAAGUUUACGCCCAAAUUCGUGAUUUGAUUGCGAAACCUUACAGUUACACUAAGCACAAGAUCGAUUCAUUUUAUUUACCAUACCAAAUUGUUGAAGAUGCUAGAGGUGUUGCAGCGAUUAAGGUUGAUGAUGGUGAGAUUUAUUCAUUGGAGGAGAUGUUAGCGAUGGUUUUCCACUACGCGUUGAAUUUAGCUGAGUUUCAUUCGAAAGUUGUGUUGAAAGAUGCAGUGAUUAGUGUUCCACCGUAUUUCGGACAAUCUGAGAGGAAAGCUGUGAUUCAAGGAGCUCAAUUAGCUGGUGUAAAUGUGUUAUCUUUGAUCAAUGAACAUUCUGGUGCUGCUUUGCAGUAUGGAAUUGAUAAGAAAUUUGCGAAUGAUUCGAAAUAUGUUGUGUUUUAUGAUAUGGGUGCGACUAGUACUUAUGCUGCUCUUGUGUAUUUUUCUUCUUAUGAUACUAAGGAGUAUGGAAAAACUGUUUCUGCUAAUCAAUUUCAGGUAAAAGAUGUGACAUGGAAUGCUGAACUAGGUGGUCUAGAUAUGGAAUUGAGAUUGGUUGAAUACUUUGCUGAUGAGUUCAAUAAGCAACAUGGAAAUGGAGUGGAGAUAAGGAAGUCACCUAAAGCAAUGGCUAAAUUGAAAAAGCAAGUCAAGCGUACUAAAGAAAUUUUGAGCGCAAAUACAAUGGCACCAAUAUCAGUGGAGUCUAUCUAUGAUGAUCGUGACUUCAGGAGUUCAAUAAGCCGUGAAAAAUUUGAAGAGCUGUGUGAAGACCUAUGGGCAAAAGCUCUGCUCCCUCUAAAGGAAGUCCUUCAAAAUUCAGGUUUGAAAGCAGAGGAGGUUUCUGCAGUGGAAUUAAUUGGUGGUGCCACUCGAGUUCCAAAAUUGCAGGCUAAGCUUCAGGAAUUCCUCGGGAGAAAAGAGCUGGACAGACAUUUGGAUGCAGAUGAAGCUAUUGUUCUUGGUGCUGCAUUGCAUGCAGCAAAUUUAAGUGAUGGAAUAAAAUUGAACAGAAAAUUGGGAAUGAUUGAUGGUUCUACAUAUGGUUAUGUGAUGGAAUUGGAUGGUGUUGAUCUAGUCAAAGAUGAAACCACAAAGCAAGUUCUUGUACCACGCAUGAAGAAGAUUCCUAGUAAGAUGUUCCGAUCAAUUAUUCACAAGAAAGAUUUUGAGGUGUCUUUAUCCUAUGAGAGCAGAGACUUGAUGCCACCUGGUGUUUCAUCUCCCGUUUUUGCUCAGUAUACAGUCUCUGGGUUGGCCAAUGCCACUGAGAGAUAUGAGUCACGAAAUCUAUCUGCUCCAAUCAAGGCUAACCUGCAUUUCUCUUUGAGUAGAAGUGGAGUGCUAACCUUAGAUCGUGCUGAGGCUGUUUUUGAGAUUACUGAGUGGGUAGAAGUUCUCAAAAAGAUUCCAACUGUGGAUAAUUCUAGCACUUCAGUGAAUGUGUCAGUUGAAGCUUCUCCAUCUGUGAACUCAUCGGCUGAAGUGGGCAGUGGAGAUUCUGCUGAUGAUGCUAAAGCCAACUUGCAAACUGAUGGUACAAAUGACCCCUCGAACUUUAGUGGAACAGAAAACAUUGCUGAAGUUAUUGAAAAGAAAUUAAAGAAGCGGACUUUUAGGGUGCCUUUGAAGGUAACUGAGAAAACCAAUGGACCUGGAAUGCCAUUUCCUGAAGAAUCCCUGGCUCUUGCAAAGGAAAAGCUGGCAGAACUUAACAAAAGAGAUGCUGAGCGAAGGAGGACAGCUGAACUGAAAAAUAAUUUGGAAGGAUACAUUUACUCAACCCGUGAAAAGAUUGAGUCCUUAGGAGAGGUUGAAAAAGUUUCAACUAAUGAAGAGCGACAAUCGUUCAUUGGAAAGCUUGAGGAGGUCCAAGAUUGGCUAUAUAUGGAUGGGGAAGAUGCUACUGCUGGGGAAUUCGAAGAACGUCUUGAAAUGCUAAAAGCUAUUGGUGACCCCAUAUUUUUCAGAUUGAAUGAAUUGACUGCUCGUCCAGCAGCCAAUGAAGAAGCUAGAAGAUACCUUACUGAAGUAGCAGAGAUUGUACGUGACUGGGAGGUGAAGAAAUCCUGGCUUCCAAAAGGCAGAAUAGAUGAGGUUUUGGAUAGUGCUGAAAAGUUGAGAAAAUGGUUGGAUGAAAAGCUGGCUGAGCAGGAGAAGACUCCUGCUUCAAGUGUGCCUGUUUUUACAUCUGCUGAUGUAUAUGAGAAGUUGGGUGAACUUCAGGCUAUGGUUGCCAGGGUGAAUAGAAUCCCAAAACCAAAACCCAAAGUAGAGAAGCCUGUAAAGAAUGCGACAGUCAGCGAGAAAACAGAUGGUUCCUCGGACCCUACUCCUGGCUCAAGUGAGGACAGUUCUACGAAUAAGGAAGCUCAAGGAAGUACUGAUGGCUCAGCUACUGUAAAUGGAGACCCAGAUGCUGCGUCUCAUGAUGAAUUGUGAUAUGUUACGCUACCCCAACGACAGAAAGAGUCAAACCAUUUUUGGCAAGCAAUCUACUUCUCAUUCUAGGUUUUUCUUCAUUUUCUCUAAUGGAUGUGGAUUAUUCCUCGAAUGCUUGAAACUAGUAAUCGUUGCCAACAUUUUUCGGGUUUCAAGAUUAAUAGGCAUAAAAACUAAAAGGAGUUAAUCAAUUAGGUCAAAUAGUAGCUGAAGCUAUGGAUUAAUAACUUAAUAUGCCAGUUACUCCAACCCAUUUGGGUGAAUCCUAUUUUGUUGUAGAUCAAUUGACUGGGAUACAAAAAUUUUGUUAGAAAAUGGAAAUUACAGAUUAGCACUUGUACUCUUGUACCAACAUGUUUUAUUUAUGUUUUGCUGGUACAUGAUAAUUUAUACCAAAGCUCCUCUUUAUCCUUUCAAAUGUCUGGUACAUUACUGUGAAAAUAAUGCAUGGCCUGUGUAUAUUUUCUGUUUUUCAA